AUGGUGGAAAGCGCCUGCAAUGAACACUCAAUGCUGCGAAUUAAUAAGGUCAAUAUUGGAGUAUUGGACUUUGGAAGGAAUACCAAAUUGGCAAUGCAAAGGCCCAGUAGAGUAUUAAGACAACAGCGCGAGAUCUGGAUAAGGAUCAGUCCGAGAGAACCUCUUUCGCUCAAGCAAUGCAACUUGGUAGUGGGUUUUAUUUCUAGCUAUCACAGGGACUGCCAGGCCUUUGAUCCUCUUUCCUUUGAGCACCCAAUACAGCCUCCUAUAUCCCUGCCUUAUGGUCUCUACAGGGAAAUGUCAUACCACUACACAAAGAAUAACAUUGUAGAAUCUCUCUUGGAGCAAAAAAAUUCAAAUGCUAUGGGUGAUCUGAUACGGCGGCAUUUAUUCAGGUAUCCAUGGAAGAAAGUAGGACGAUCAAGGGAUAGUUUUUAUAUCUUAGGCAGAGAUCUUUCAGUGCGUUCAACCAUCGCUUCCACAGCAGUAAAUCCAAAUACUAUGAUGAAUUUAGAUAUCAUAGCUAUGGACAAGUUUGUGGGGACGGAUUUAUCAAAUCCAUCAUAUGGUGCAGGCCAAUCGUGCCUCUUGAAGCAAGAGCAAAUCUCUCAAGAGAAAAGGCCAUUACUUAAAGUGGCAGCACAACUCAAGUUGCAGGGAAUUUUUCCUACCCUGUUCAAGCUAUCCGUUGAGGGUGCGUACGAUCCGCAAACAGGUAAGAUGAAUCUUGUAGGCUGCCGUGAUAUUCGGGCUAGGACAGAAAUUCUAAACAGCAAUAGUAGCAUUGAUGUAGAAGAUGGACUGGAUUGUCAAAUUGAACUAAAAUUACAAUACCCACCAACGAAAUUCAAGGUUUUGAUAGAUCGGUCUGUCAAAGUGUCAUUCACAAGCAACAGAACAGAGAGCGAUCCCCUCUAUUUCAAGCCAGUGCAGUUCCAUACAGUACAAAUUUUGUACAUUGGAGAGACAGAAGAGGCGAUUCCUCGCAGAAUUUUGGAGCCAGUACUGAACAUUUUGUCUCUCCGCAUUGCAAUUUCCUGUAUAGCGACUCAAUCGGUUUAUGUUCUGCACAAUGCACAAGCAGGUGCAUAUAUGUCACUCUUGAUGGUGGGCACCCAAGCUCUGGGUUUCGGUAUUUCUCUCACAACUGGGAUGCAUCACUUCCAGUUUGCAAGCUCAGAUCCCCCUUCUAAAGUGGGCCAUUAUACCUGUUCAACGGAAGAAAAGUCUUCUCCCCUGUUUGAUAUCCUAAUCAAUGCCAUGCUAUUGGUUGCAUUUACCUUCACAGUAAGACUUUUCCAUACAGUUUGGCAAUCUCGCCUUCGUCUCAGCCAAGUACCAAGUGAAAAAUGGGUGCUGCUGUGGUGCGGAGUUAUGUACGGCAUUUGUUCUCUGAUAAAGAUUUGUGUUGGCACGGUCUUUACACUACGCCUGUGA